GUUGAGUUGCUCCAGUUGUUAAGUUAUAUUAUUCAUGUAUGUUAAAACUGGUAGCAGUGUUUUUUUCAUAUUAAUAUUUGGUAAACAUGUUCAAAUGUGCAGAUGGAUUUUAAGUCAUAUUUAUACACUGGAGCUUUAAAGAAGGCAGUACUUGAAGUAACUAAGUCGUAAAACUGAUGACGUCUUUGCCAUAAUUGUGUGACAUUUACAAACGAUAGGCAGAAAGAAGCGAAACCUAGCCAAGCCUCUAAUAAUCAAUAUUCUCAACCAGUAUAUAGGAUUAAACGUACAAGACCCUAAGCUCCUUCUGUGAGAUAGACUCCCCACUGCAUUGCUUUACUUAAUCUGGGGAACAUAACGUUAUUUGAACGCUCCGUGCUCUCGACUUAGCAGCUGCUAUUUUGUUAUAAUUGGAACAUUGAAGACUAAAACAUCAAGAGGACACGAAUCAAUGAAACUGGAAAUAGCGAGUGAUAAAAUAGUUCAUCGCGAUGACAUAUCUGUAAUUGAUCCAGUAUUUUAGCAUGUAGGCUCGUUGUUAAUUAAACCAUUGGCUAAAGUGAUAAAAUUCACAAUUAAGUUGAGAAUUGCCACAAUAACAUCAUAUCAAAGGAAACCAAACAAGGGGAUUCUAAGCAAUUUGCUGGAGAAACAUACAUCAGUAUUCAUACAGUAUUCAUGAGAACAUACCUGCUUAUUAUGUACAUAUAUGGUCCCUUAAGAGAUUGUGAUUAGUAUUUAUAAGAAAGGUUGGACCUAUUAGCAGAACACGAGGCCAAAACUAUUAUCACAGUCAUACAGUCAUAGUGUUUAAUAACAUACAUGAAAACCUCUAUUCCAAAUUAACUAUAAUAUUGGAUAUAUAAGCGUAAGUGAUACUGUAUGAGCAUAAGUAUUAGAUAUAAGCAUAAGUAUUUGACAUGAGCAUAAGUAUUGUAUACAAGCUUUGAUAAACCUAGUCUAUGUAACUGGAUUAACAUAUCUAAGAACACGAUCAUACAACACCCGCAGAAUUAAUUUCUGAAGUUGGAUUAAUAUUUGACAUUUAAAGCAUUCUCCACAUACGGCUAUUCCAUGAUGAGGGUGAACUAUAUGGAGAAGGGGGUAGUGUUGUGGCUGUACAUUGUUGGUGCUGUAUCUGGAAUGGGUUUGCAUGGAUCCAAGAGGGAGACAAGAUCUGAUGACAGUAUGAUAGUAAACAAGCUGGAAGUCAAAAUGCCAGGGAUAGUACCUCCUUCUGAUGAUUAUUAUGUAUGUACAAGUGUUCCUGUGCCAUACACUGAUGAGGAAUAUGUAGUGAAGUUUGAAGCUCAGGCCACUGGUGAUAUCGCGCACCAUAUGUUGUUGUUUGGAUGUGUAGAUGGUCCAGCUUCCGAUGAAGAACACUGGGAGUGUGGGCAGACAUGCAAAGGGGGAUCUAAUAUUAUGUUCGCAUGGGCCAAAAAUGCUGAACCUAAAGAACUUCCUAAAGAUGUGGGUUUCAAGAUUGGAGGGCCCAAUGGCGUAAAACAUCUUGUUCUUCAGGUUCAUUAUGCUGCUAAGUUCAAAGAUGGCCAGGCAGGUGAUCAUUCAGGACUCACUCUUUCAGUCACUCCUCAGAGACAAAAGUACAUUGCUGGAAUAUUUGUACUGUGGUCAGGUUCAUUCUCAGUGCCUGGCAACACACCUGUACACCAUGUUGAUAUUUCCUGCAAGUUUGAUGGUUCCCAAGACAUUCAUCCAUUUGCCUUUAGACCUCAUGCACAUACUUUGGGUCAAGUAAUCACAGGAUACAAGGUAGAACCAGCUACAGGAGAGUGGGAGAUGCUGGGUAAAGGUAACCCCCAGUGGCCACAGGCCUUCUAUCCAAUGGAUGAUGUGAAGACUAUUCAUCCUGGAGAUGAGGUGGUAGGGAGAUGUACAUUUAACUCUACAGGGAGAGACAGACCAACAUUUGUUGGUGCAACUCACAAUGAUGAGAUGUGUAACUUUUACAUGAUGUAUUACACUGAUGCUGAGAAAGGAUCUGCUUUCUAUUCUUGUGGGGAGAACAAUCUCCCAGAUUUGGUAAAGAAAAUCCCAGAUGGUAAUGACACCCCUUUGCCACCCAACCCUUUGUUAGAUGAACAGGCAACUGGACAUCAUCACCAUGGAGGAAUGGCAGGAGAGAAGGACAAUGGAGUAGAUGCAACAGAAAAUGAUAAAAAUAUUAAAAAGUUAGACAUCCUAAUGCCAGGAAUAGUCCCACCAAUGGAUGAUUAUUAUGUAUGUACCAGUAUUCCAGUACCAUACACUGAUGAAGAAUAUGUAGUUAAGUUUGAGGCUCAGGCUACUGGGGAUAUUGCACAUCACAUGUUGCUAUUUGGAUGUGAUGCCCCAGCCUCAAGUCAAGAACACUGGGAAUGCGGGAACACAUGUAAAGGAGAAUCCAAGAUCAUGUUUGCAUGGGCUAGAAAUGCCGCUCCAAAGGAACUCCCAAAAGAUGUGGGUUUUAGAAUUGGAGGCUCUAGUGGAGUGAAGCAUCUUGUCCUGCAAGUUCACUAUGCUUCCAAGUUCAAAGGCAAUAAAGAUUCCUCUGCAGAAGGACGGGCUGGUGAUCGCUCAGGAUUCACUCUCUCUGUCACUCCUCAGAGGCAGAAAUACCUUGCUGGAAUUUAUUUAUUAUUGGCGUAUAUGUUCUCUGUUCCUGGAAACACCCCAGUUUACCAUGUUGAUAUGUCCUGCAGAUUCAAAGGCACGCAGGAUAUACAUCCAUUUGCUUUUAGGCCCCAUGCACAUACAUUGGGUCGCGUCAUCUCUGGAUACAAAAUUGACCCAAAAACAAGAGAGUGGGAUAUGCUGGGUAAAGGAAACCCUCAGUGGCCCCAGGCCUUCUAUCCCAUGGAUGGGGUGAAGACCAUACAUCCUGGAGAUGAUGUCGUAGGGAGAUGUACAUUUAACUCUACAGGGAGAAGCAGAGCUACAAAUGUGGGUGCAACUCACAAUGAUGAGAUGUGUAACUUUUACAUGAUGUAUUACACUGAUGCUGAGAAAGGGUCUGCUUUCUUUGAGUGUUUUGGCAAUAAUCUCCCAGAUCUAGUGAAACAGAUCCCAGAUGGUAAUGACACCCCUCUGCCACCCAACCCUCUGCUAGAUGAACAGGCAACUGGACAUCAUCACCAUGGAGGAAUGGCAGGAGAGAAGGACAAUGAAGUAGAUGCUAUACCUAAACCUACCAAAACAGUGACAAACUUAGAUAUUGAGCUUGUGAAUGAGUGGCCAAUUCUUACAGAACAAGAUAAUGUAUUCCUCGGCCAAGUGUCAGCUGUGGCCACUGACUCCAAGUCAAAUGUCUAUGUAUUCCAUAGAGGUCACCAUGUUUGGAAUCCUACUGCAUUUGAUGUAGAGAAUAGAUACACCAGGAUCAGCGAAGGACCUAUCAAAGAGGCUGCCAUCCUUGUGUUUAACCCUGAAGGCAAACUGAUCAAGAAAUGGGGAGAAGACACGUUUUACAUGCCACAUGGUAUUACAAUAGAUAAAGAUGAUAAUGUCUGGGUGACGGAUGUUGCCAUGCAUCAGGUGAUGAAGUUUGAUGCUGGAAAGACAGAUAUUCCCUCUAUUUUAUUGGGUGAAAAAUUCAACCCUAAUUCACAUAAUGGACUUCACUUCUGCAAGCCAACGGAUGUUGCUGUGCUAAGUUCUGGAGAAUUUUAUGUUGCUGACGGGUACUGUCAUCACAGGGUUCUAAAAUUUGCAGCAGAUGGAAAAGUCCUCAAAGAAUGGGGAGAAAUUACUCCCGAACUUAUCAAGAAUGGCUUUCCACCCCCCUACCACUUCAGUAUUCCCCACAGUCUGUCUGUCAAGGAAAACUCAGAUGGGACAGGGGAACUUUUUGUUGCUGAUAGGGAAAAUGGCCGGAUACAAGUGUUUGAUUUAAAUGGAAAUUUCACAAGACAAAUCCACCCUGAUGAGUUUGGUGGAAGGGUGUAUGCACUGGAGUACUGUCCACAUAAUGGUGGUAUUCUGUUUGCAGUUAAUGGUCCAAACUAUUUUGGGACCACAAACCCACAGGGACUCACCAUCAAACCAAAAGAUGGCAGUUUAAUUAAUACUUGGACUCCAAGAGAUGAAGGGUUUCACAAGCCUCAUGACAUCACAAUCAGCAAUGCUGGGGAUGCUCUAUAUGUGGCAGAGAUAGGACCAAACAAGGUCUGGAAGUUUAAAGUUACUACAAUUACUAAAAAAGUAAUUGAAGAGCCCAAUGUCAAUGUAGAAACAAAUGAGGAAGCUACAUCAGUUAAGAAGGGGGGUGUGGAGCACCUGAUGAACCCUGACAACAAGGGAGGCGAAGACAACCAAAAACCUAACAGUGGAGUUCUUUUGAAUGAGAUAUCCCACAUCAGCGAGUCAGUCGCCACAGAGGAUGACUCUUCAGAACCCGAGGGUCCUCCAAGCUUUGAUGCUUCCCUUAUAAUUGGGGCUCUACUUAUUGUGCCAAUCUUAGUUAUCAUGGUUGUUGUACUUAUAAUCAGGUUAAAAAAUAGUGGUAAACUGUCAUGUUUAUCAGGCUACACAAAAAAUAGACGGGAAGUGUUUAGUUUUGGUGGACUAAUUAGAAGUCAUAAAGGAUUUGAGAGACUCUCUGCAGAAGACCAAGAGCUAGAACACUUAAGUGACUCAGAUAUAGAUGAAUAUAGUGCAACGAUACAAAAAGCUUAAUGUUGAGUUAUUCAAAAAAUAUGAAGCAGUUUGGUUAAAUGUACAAUUAUAUAGGACUUUUUCAAGAAAUUGAGUGAUGAAUAUGCAAAGAACUAAAAGAUAUCUGAAUAGUGAUCUCGCCAGCAUUUAAGCAGUUGGAUGAACUCCACCUUGUAUUAAGUUGAAGGUCUACUUACUGCAUGUUGGUAAUUUGGAAAAUCAUAAUAAUGUUAAGGAAAUAUGUGAAAUUUAAAUUUCCUUUCAGUUGAGAAAAUUCAUACCAUGAUAAUUGAGCUGUGAAGAUUGAUACUUUUAAUUAAGAUUUGAAGAUUGAUACUUCAUAAUUAAUAAUACAACUAUAUGACUUGAUGUUACAAGGAAUUGUGAAUAAUACGAUGAUAUAGGCUAAUAAUAGAUUAUAAGACAAAUUGUACUUUUUCUGGAAAAGAGGGUUAGGACAUUCAAUUAUCUUUUUCUGGUUAUGGUAUGGUUAUAGUACAAACACUGUAUGCAGUAAAUAAUGCAAAAUCAUGCAUUUGCAAAAUAAUUGUAAAUAUAGAAAUUUUUAGUCAUUGCCCACCUAUCACCAUAUGCAUAUUUAUGCAGCUUACUCCAAUAGCUCAGUCAGGGGGUCAAUACAAUUUUAGUCAUGUUUUUGAUGAAAAGGUGCAAAAUAGAAAUUUAAAGUGCUAUUUUGCCAGUGAUGUAUAAAAAUAUAUGAAUUGUGUAUUGUCAUAUAAUACUUAUAAGUGAUCCCACCAUUUAACUUUUAAAAAAGCUGAAGUAAUAUUACUUAAAAGUCAAAUGAUCUUGUUAUUAAAGCUGGUAUAUUUACAGUUAUGUAAUCGAUAUGUACAUGUAAGCAGUGAGUGUGUGAUUAAAAGUAUAUUUAUUUAUUGUAAAAAGGUGAUAUAUAUUUUUGGAAGUAUAUGUACAGAAUGAAUAAGUAUGGUAGGUAAAUAGUUAUACUAUAUGUACAUUGAAAUUAAAAGGUAAACAUUAUGAUGUAUCCCUGAUAAAGAGUGUAAAAGUGUGUACAGUAAAACCCGUCAAAGUGGACACCUUUGGUACCUCUAAAAACCGUUGCACUUGAGAGGUAUUCCAUUUAUAGGGGUUCAUUUAACAUUAAGUUGAUCUUGGCCCUCUAAAAAAUGUUCCAUUUUUAGAUGUGUU